AUAUAUUAUAAAGUUAGGUUCGAAAAGGUACUUACUACUUAGCUCAACUUUUUGGAUUGACCACAAAAACCUCUUUGUUGUAUAUUUACAGUCAUCAUAGACGCUAUUGACAGACAUGGUAAAUCAAUGACUUAUAUCCGAGCAGCGCAAACGUACCUAUUCGUAUAACUAAUAUUAAUAUAUUAUUUUAAUAAUUCAAUAAAUACUAUUAAAAUUUUAAAAAAUGUUUUACGCAGACUCACAGCGUACUGUGACUCGUCGGGACAGCUCACUCGUCCUGUCUUCUAGACGCCAUACACCCUACUCUGGUUUUGACGAUACUUACUAUGAUGCCAUGUCUUCAACACGCGGGCAGUCCGUGAUCCGUAGCGACUCUGCAGGAUCCCUCUCUGCACGCUGCAAGCCCGGCACCGUGGAGAGAGAAAUCGUCACUCUGAUGUUCAAUUCCAUGUUAGGCAGCAUCAUUGAGUCGUGGGACGUCAUUCCUCCUCCUAAAACAGAUGAUCCAGCGCAGAGUAUGGCAAUUCCUAAAACAGCUAGUGAACUUACCGUAACUAGCAAAAAGAAAAAAGCUGCCGUAACAACUGUGAAACAAUCUAAAACCAGACGAAGCAGAUCUAAACUAGAUGUAUUAGAAGGCCAGGAUCAGCCGCCGGUCAGCUGGUUUGCACCACCUGAUGAACGUGCCAUCAUUCGCUUCCGCAAUGGAAACCUAUACGAAGGGAAUAUUUCCAUGAAGUGCAUGCAUGGAGAAGGCAGGUUUCAGUGGACGGAUGGGACAGUCUAUUUGGGUAAAUUCAAAGACAACGAAAUAAAAGGACAAGGAAAAAUAUUCUGGAAAGAUGACACGUGGUACGAAGGGGAGUUCGUGGACAAUUUGCGCCACGGGCACGGUCUGUACGUGGACUCUAGGAAGCAACGCAUGUACUGCGGAGGCUGGCAUUGCGGCACUAAACACGGGGAAGGUGUCAUUUAUUAUUCGAAGACGUUCAAAAACUCUUACAGCGGGGAAUGGAUUAAUAAUGUUCGUCACGGUUUUGGCUCACGAGAAUAUUGUCCCUCAAGCGGUUAUAAAGGUGAAUGGAAUGCUUACGUGAGAGAAGGAAAAGGACUUAUGAUUUGGCCUAACCAUGAUUUUUAUAGAGGAGAGUGGAAAAACGGAGUGAUGUCUGGCUAUGGGAUUUAUAUUUGGGAUGCUUAUUAUAACAACUCAAUGUCUCUCCCCUCCGUAAACGCAUUCCGUGGCAAUUGGGACAAGGGCCAGAGAAAUGGCUAUGGAGUUUUAAAUCUGGGGUUCGGACUAGGAUCCCAUUACAAAGGAGAGUUUAAAAAUAAUAAGAAAAAUGGGGCGGGGAAGUUUGUUACUAACAAUGGAUUUAUUAUUCAACAUAAGAAUUUGUUUAUCGAUGAUAACAUGGGCCCUAUGAUUUCUGAUAAGAGCUACGCGGCGCUUGAAGAUCAGAAACAAGUUCCUCUAUUAGAACCUUAUAAAUUUGAUAUAUGUGAUGAGACGGUAGGCCUAAUAUACCACAUAGAAGAGGCUUUCAACAAUAUUGACAGGCAACAUGAAAUAAGAGCAAACAUUUUAAGUGACUAUUUGGAAAUAAAUAAGCCGAUGGAAAUUGAAACAUCACACAUGUCAUAUGUCGCGCGUAAAACACGUCCAAGCGAGACACAAGCCGGAGAAAUUAAAAAUUUAAAAGAUUUAAUUGAAUUUGAAGAAGAAUCUUUAAGAAAAGCACUGAGAUGUUACGAAACAGAAUUAAAAAGAAUAUAUUAUACUUAUGCAACCAUAUGCAACACCGAAGAAAUUAAUUUUAAGCCAAUUCUUAUUCGUUUAUAUUUGUGGCAACUCUAUUUCGAUUGCAAUAUACAUGAAAAGGGACUGACCUUAGUUGAUAUUGAUAUGAUGUUUUUCGAAAAUCCUGAAUGGCUGGCAAGAUCACCUCACAAUCCAUUUGAAAAAAUAUAUUUUUGGCAAUUUAUACACAGUCUCUUAACUGUAGCAAACAGAUUGUAUGCACAGAAACAACUACCUGGGCCGAAACCGGAUACAAUAUUAGCGAGUGGAUUUAGAAAAUUUAUGGAAAAAGAUGUUUUAGUAGGAGCGGGCCGAUGUAGAGGGCGUCUUGCUAAGGGCUACGCAUCUUUCAUACCGUUGAAAGCAUUAUACAACCUGUACCGUCGCCUGGGGGAGCCGCACACGUUGCGUCAAUUCUUGCAAGCCAUCAGGUUCCCACCCCACUGUCUUGAAUAUCCACAACCGGAGCUUCUUGAACCCUUUGAGGAUGCUUUAACUCUUGGAAGAAAUGCUUACAUUUAUGGCGAUGAUAUGACCUUUAUUACUGGUGAGAAUGUCUCACUUCAAGAGACUAAUUUGAGCUCGGACUAUGCAGGUCUGUUACUUUUCAAUUUCGCCAAUUUGUCAAGUAAGGCUAUAGUAAUAAUUUUUUCCCGAAUCUUUCCGGGAGUCGUAACUAAGACAAAGAAAAGGAUUAAGAAUCUAGAAACAAAUAUGACAUUUUACGAGUUCUUUGAAGCUUUUGUAGCGUGCGCGGAAGAGAGUAUCAGGGUCAAAGAAGAAGAGUUGCGAUGGAGAGAGAAAUUUGCUAGCGAAAUAAUAAAUACUUAGGGUGUGGAAGAUUGUUUUGUUGUUUAUAUUUAUAAAAACAAUGUUUUAAAAUAAAUUCUGAUUAUGUACCUACUUGUUUGUGUAGUGUUUUAAUUUUUUAUAAUAUUAGUACCUACAUAGUUAUACCUACUUUAACUAGUACGUACUUACCUGCUG